AGGGUCCGGCCCCUGGGUGGGUGGGGAUUGCAUGUGAUGGAUGGUCACCUCCACAGAGAUCCACAGCCGAGUACUCUCCCCUCGCAUUUGUCACUUGCUGCUCCGCUCCAACACAAGAAACAACCCGGACCAGCCCGGAACUGCUUGAGCUCACACUCGAUCAUCGGGUUCAUCGUCAAAUGUUUCGAUGAGGAGGAAGUGAUUCGUCCAUCUUGCAGCAUCUGAAGGAAUUUCUUUCGCUGGCUUUUCCCGGAAAACUUUCCAGCAGUACCGCAGCUGGAGUCUGCAGAUGGGAAGAAGCUGCCGGAGAGGCGCACUUUGUUCCGGAGAUCUCCUAACAUGGCUCCACCGUCACUGAGGAGGUGAAGUCGGCUCGCAGCCCACCACCCUUUCUAAGACACCGCCUCCAGCGCUUGCUUACCUUCUCCGCCUUCAUUCCCCGCUCCGAGCCUCGGCGUCCAUCCAACAUGGCGUCCAGUCUGACGUGUGCGGGCGUGCUAUGGGCGCUGCUGUCCCUGCUGUGUGCCGCCGCCUCCUGCGUGGGAUUCUUCAUGCCCUACUGGCUGCUGGGAGCGCAGAUGGACAAGCCAGUGUCAUUCGGCACCUUCCGCCGGUGCUCCUACCCGGUGCGGGACGAGGAGAGACAGACCACGGUGAUGUUAGAGCAGUGCGGCCGCUACGCCUCCUUCAACGGCAUCCCAAGCGUGGAGUGGCGCAUCUGCACGGUGGUGACGGGCGUCGGGUGCGGCCUCCUCUUGCUGGUGGCGCUCACCGCCCUCAUGGGGUGUUGCAUCUCCGACCUCAUCUCGCGUACCAUUGGUCGCGUGGCCGGGGGCAUCCAGUUUGUUGGAGGCCUCCUCAUUGGAUCUGGCUGUGCGCUAUACCCGCUGGGAUGGGACAGCGAGGAAGUGCAGCAGACGUGCAACAACAGUUCGGACCAGUUUCAGCUCGGUUCCUGCCAGAUCGGCUGGGCUUAUUACUGCACGGGGGCAGGAGCGGCGGGCGCCAUGCUGCUGUGCACCUGGAUGUCAUGUUUCGCCGGCAAGAAGCAGAAGCACUACCCGUACUGAACGAUGGUCCGAGGCUCUCUGGGUGCUAAUUCGGGCACGGGAGGCCAGAAAGACACCACUCGUCCAGCAAACUGCAGGGACUCUUUCAUAAUGCAGCACACACACACACACACACACACACACACACGCACACACACUCACGCACGGCUUUGAAAACGUCACGUUAUUCUGAGGACCAGUCCUGUUUUUAAUCCUUUAUUUGACGAGACGACUUCUCUUUCUCUUUGUCUUCCUUCUUGAUGUUGACGUGACGUGCGCCCCCGUGAUGAAGACUUCAUAAUAAUACCCAUUUCAUCGUAACGUGACGUGUUCCCGUGUCUUCCUCGCGCCUCAUUCUUGCCUUAAAAACGCCACCCCCAAUGCAAUAAUCUCCACAAAAAAAAUCCAGCAGGUCCAAAAAGAAGGAAGUAUGAUGAGAUAUAUGUUGUGAAUGAUAAUGUAUUUUUAUCACAUUAGCACGUUUUCUUUGUUUUGUAAUCACGUCAUUGUUUUGUUAUUUGUAAAUAAAUGUUUAUUGAAAAGUGUGUGUUGUGUGCUUUGGUUGGUGGGAGUGCAGCCCACAGCACAUUCCUAAAAAGCUUUUCCCAUGACCUCCUGGUCUUCAGCUCUUCAGCACACAUGGGAUGCCUCGCGGGAGCUUUUCUUCCCAAUCGAUACGGAGGAUAAGGACAGGCGGCGCGCUCUGAAUAACUUUUAUCGAUGAGGUCAAUGCUGUGACCUCCCCACUUGGAUUUAUUUGCCUUCUGAUCAGGAAGUGAGCAUCCUUUACCUCCACCAUUUGCUUCUGGUAAAUUCUAAUCUCCACUUUAUGACCAUUAGAUUUCAUACAGCACUUUUCAAAGUACCCACAGCACUCCUCAAGUUAAACCAUUAUUCAUUCACACGCUGGUGAUGGUAAUGUACAUCUGUAUACACAGCCGCUUCCCACCUACGGCCUCUCCGAGCACCAACCAUUCAUUCACAUUCAUACAGCAGUGUGGGCAGCA